CAACUCUUACUCUCUCGCGCAGUUCUCCUCCGUCUAUCACUCUCUCCGCCUCCAGCUCUCCGACUCUCACAGAUUUCGACACUCUCACUCUCUCCGCCUCCAGCUCUCCGUCUCUCACAGAUCUCGACACUCUCACUCUCUCCGCCGGCGCUCUCACUCUUUCAGCAAUGGAGAAGCAAACCCAAUUCAAGAUGUGAAUGAGCAUGUAGAUUCAACUCAAGAAAAUGAAGCACCAAUUGUUGGGAGAAAGAGGGAAAAAAAUAAGUAAAAUUUAGGACAAUUUUUAACACAGGCUUUUAAAUAGGCUCUAAGGCCAGGCCAGACUUUUAAACAGGCCAGACCAGGCCAAAAAAACAGCUUUUAACAGACUAUUAGUAAGGGCAUAUUAGGUAUUUUACAAUUAAUUUGUUGUUAUCAGUUCACAACUUCACAUAACCCUAGCCGCCAGUUCCAAUUUCACGAUUCCCUCGCACCUCUUCACCGAUCCAAAAAAAAAUUCAUCGUACUCUUCAUCUCUUCUUCACCUUCAUCGUCUCUUCAAAGCUUCAUCAAAACUUCAUCUCUUCUUCACCUCUUCAAAGCUUCAUCGUACUCUUCAUCUCUUCAAAGCUUCAAAGCUUCAUCUGUUUCUUCUCCAAGAUCUGUUUCUUCUCCACAACUUCACCUCAUCAAAGCUUCACACCAAGGUUUGUUCUGUUUCUUCUUUACUUCUCUAAGCUUUGUUCUGAUUGUUUUGUUUCUUCUAUAUUUCUAUUUUUGUCUGCACUGUUUUUUUUGUCCAAGUGUACUUUUUUUUUUGUUCUAAUUUCUGUUUCUUUGUUCUAAUCUCUGUUUCUUUCUCCAAGCUUUGUUUUUUUUUUUUUUUUGGUUCUAAACUCUGUUUAUUUGUUCUAAUCUGUUUCUUUCUCCAAGCCUUUUUUAUUUUCUCUCUAUGUUCUAAUCUCUGUUUCGUUCUGUUUCUUCUAUGUUUUGUUCUGUUUUAGUGUAGAAUCUGUCUUCUAUGUUUCGUUCUGUUUCUUCUAUGUUCUAAUUUAUAUGUUUAUAGUAUUAUUUAUGUAAUUUAUAAAAAUAAAAAAAAUGAAAUAGCGGCAUCCCGGCCAUCCCGCUCCCCGGAAUGCCGCUAUCCCAAUUUUGGGGCCAAUUUUGGGGUUGGCCGCUCCGCUCCGUGAUCCGGGAUUAACUACUAUGGUAAUUUUUACGACCAAAACAUGCUACUUUUUUUAUAGAGACCAAAAAUAAAACAUAGUUAAAUUGUAGUAUCAAUAAUUGCUAUUUUCAUUUUUGUGCUAAAACCUUAAACAACAAACUUUUUAGAAUGAACUAUGUACUAAUUUUGGUUUGAUUUAUUCUAUCUGAGUGAGCGAAACUUAUCGUCAUUGAUUUGAUUUAUUCAGUUCUUGUAUUGGUCUCAACAAUGAUCUUGGGAGCAUGCACAGGGCUAUCAUGUUACCUUGCAGUAGCAUCAGCUAAGCCUAACCCUAUCAAGUCCAAUGGCUCCUCUGCAAUCAGACACGAUUUAUGCUGUCCAAUCGGCGGUUACAGCGGCGUAUUAUCAAUGUCGAUGUCGAAGAGGGGCAAGAACACUGUGGUUGCUGGAGCAGGGGGCGCAAGUCUCACGUACAGGGGCGCCGGCGUUGAUAUCGACGCAGGUUCUGAACUCGUUCGAAGAAUAGCGAAGAUGGCGCCUGGGAUUGGAGGCUUUGGCGGUUUUUUACCUUUAGAUGAUGGUUCGUACCUUGUUGCCAGUAUGGAUGGUGUUGGAACGAAGCUGAUGCUUGCCCUCGAAACUGGCAUUCUUGACACAAUUGGGAUUGAUCUGGUUGCGAUGAGUGUCAACGAUGUUGUUACUUCGGGGACAAAACCUUUGGGUUUCCUUGAUUACUAUUCUACUGGCCACCUUGAUGUGGAUGUUGCUGAGAAGGUUAUCAAAGGCAUUGUUGAUGGCUGUAAGCAAUCUGGCUGUAAGCAAUCUGAUUGUGCUCUUUUAGGAGGAGAGACUGCAGAGAUGCCUGGUCUCUACAGAGAAGGUGACUUUGAUCUAUGUGGCUGUGCUGUUGGCAUUGCGAAGAAAGAUUCUGUAAUUGAUGGAAAGAACAUUAUUGCUGGUGAUAUUCUUAUUGGCUUGCCAUCUAGUGGAGUUCAUUCUAAUGGCUUCUCACUUGUAAGAAGUGUGCUUGAACAAAGUGGUCUAUCAUUGAAAGGUAAACUUCCUGGUGGCGAUAUUACAAUUGCAGAAGCUUUAAUGGCACCAACUGUUAUUUAUGUUAAACAGGUGCUUGACUUAGUUAGCAAAGGAGGGGUGAAGGGAAUUGCCCAUAUCACAGGUGGUGGUUUCACAGAAAACAUACCCCGUGUUUUUCCAGAAGGCCUUGGUGCCCUUAUAUACAAAGACUCAUGGGAAGUCCCUAUAGUGUUCAAAUGGCUUCAGGAGGCUGGGAACAUACAAGACUCCGAGAUGAGACGAACAUUUAAUAUGGGCAUAGGGAUGGUCCUGGUAGUUAGUCCAGAGGCAGCUAAUAGAAUACUUGAUGAUGUUGAAAAAGCUUAUCGCAUUGGUGAAGUUAUAAGCGACAACGACAAGGGAAUUACCUAUGGUUAAUUUUGGUUUUUUCAGUCAUGUUUUAACUCCUAAUACUCCCUCCGUUUUUUUUUUUUAAGUGUCGUUUUUUGUCGGAUUUAUCUUUCUAUUUAAUUGUCGCUUUUGUAUUUUAAGGUUACGAUUUGUCAAUUAAAUUCUUUAUCAACUACUUUUAUCUUUUUCAAUAAAACUAGUUCAUGCUA